CGGAGCUGCGUCACCGGUGUUCGGUGCUUCACCUCCUGGAGACAGUGGCGGCUCUAGGCCCCUCGAGCUGGCUUCCCGCUCCGGGGGAGCCUGGUCGGCGGCGCGAUGAGGCGCAGCAAGGCCGAGGUGGAGCGGUACAUUGCCUCGGUGCAGGGCUCCGCCCCGUCGCCCCGAGAGAAGUCAAUGAAAGGAUUCUAUUUUGCAAAGCUGUACUAUGAAGCUAAAGAAUAUGAUCUUGCUAAAAAAUACAUUUCUACAUAUAUUAAUGUGCAAGAGAGGGACCCUAAAGCCCACAGAUUUUUGGGUCUUCUUUAUGAAGUCGAAGACAACACAGACAAAGCUGUUGAAUGUUACAAGCGUUCAGUGGAAUUAAACCCAACACAAAAAGAUCUUGUGUUAAAGAUUGCAGAAUUGCUUUGUAAAAAUGACGUGACUGAUGGAAGAGCAAAAUACUGGGUUGAAAGAGCAGCCAAACUUUUUCCAGGAAGUCCUGCUGUUUAUAAGCUAAAGGAACAGCUUUUAGAUUGUAAAGGUGAAGAUGGAUGGAAUAAACUUUUUGACUUGAUUCAGUCAGAGCUUUAUGCAAGACCUGAUGAUGUUCAUGUGAAUAUCCGACUAGUAGAGCUUUAUCGUUCAAAUAAAAGAUUGAAGGAUGCUGUGGCCCACUGCCAUGAGGCAGAGAGGAAAACAGCUUUACGUUCAAGUUUAGAAUGGAAUUCAUGUGUUGUACAGACUCUUAAGGAGUAUUUGGAGUCUCUGCAGUGUUUGGAUUCUGACAAAAGUACUUGGAGAGCAACCACUAAAGACUUACUCCUAGCCUAUGCCAACCUUAUGCUUCUUACACUUUCCACCAGAGAUGUGCAGGAAAGUAGAGAACUACUGGAAAGUUUUGAUAGUGCUCUUCUGUCUGUGAAAUCUUCUGUUGGUGGAAAUGAUGAACUGUCAGCUACUUUCCUAGAAACUAAAGGCCAUUUCUACAUGCAUGUUGGCUCUCUGCUUCUGAAGAUGGGUCAGCACAGCGACAUCCAAUGGCGAGCUCUCUCUGAGCUGGCUGCAUUGUGCUAUCUCAUAGCGUUUCAGAUUCCAAGACCAAAGGUUAAAUUAAUAAAAGGAGAAGCUGGACAAAAUCUAUUGGAAAUGAUGGCCCAUGAUCGACUUAGCCAAUCAGGGCACAUGUUGCUAAAUUUAAGUCGUGGCAAGCAAGACUUUUUAAAGGAGGUUGUGGAAUCUUUUGCUAAUAAAAGUGGCCAGUCUGCUCUCUGUGAUGCUCUGUUUUCUAGUCCAUCAUCCAAGGAUAGAUCUUUCCUUGGUAAUGAUGAUAUUGGAAACCUUGAUGGACAAGUACCAGACCCUGAAGACUUGGCUAGAUAUGAUACUGGUGCCAUUCGAGCACAUAAUGGGAGUCUUCAGCACCUUACCUGGCUUGGCUUACAAUGGAAUUCACUUCCUACCUUACCAGCAGUUCGAAAAUGGCUAAAACAGCUCUUUCAUCAUUUGCCUCAGGAAACCUCAAGGCUUGAAACAAAUGCACCUGAAUCAAUAUGUAUUUUAGAUCUUGAAGUAUUCUUACUUGGAGUUAUAUAUACUAGCCACUUACAGUUAAAGGAGAAGUGUAAUUCUCAUCACACUUCCUAUCAGCCACUGUGUUUGCCACUUCCUGUCUGCAGACAACUUUGUACAGAAAGACAGAAAUCCUGGUGGGAUGCAGUUUGUACUCUGAUUCACAGAAAGGCAGUACCUGGAACGUCAGCAAAAUUGCGACUUCUAGUUCAGCAUGAAAUAAACACUCUGAGAGGCCAGGAAAAGCAUGGCCUUCACCCUGCUCUACUUGUGCACUGGGCACAAUGUCUUCAGAAAACAGGCAGCAGUCUUAAUUCUUUUUAUGAUCAACGGGAAUACAUAGGCAGAAGUGUUCAUUAUUGGAGGAAAGUUUUACCAUUGUUGAAGAUGAUCAGAAAGAAGAAUAGUAUUCCUGAACCUAUCGAUCCUCUGUUUAAACAUUUCCAUAGUGUGGAUAUUCAGGCAUCUGAAAUUGGAGACUAUGAAGAAGACGCACACAUAACUUUUGCUAUAUUGGAUGCUGUUAAUGGAAAUAUAGAAGAUGCCAUGACUGCUUUUGAAUCUAUUAAAAAUGUAGUUUCUUAUUGGAAUCUUGCAUUGAUUUUUCACAGGAAAGCUGAAGACAUUGAAAAUGAUGCCCUGUCUCCUGAAGAACAAGAAGAAUGCAAAAAUUAUCUGAGAAAGACUAGGGACUACCUGAUAAAGAUUUUAGAUGACAGUGAUUCAAAUAUUUCUGUGGUUCAGAAAUUGCCUGUUCCCCUUGAGUCUGUAAAAGAGAUGCUGAACUCAGUUAUGCAGGAACUUGAAGACUACAGUGAAGGAGGUACUCUUUAUAAAAAUGGUUGCUUGCGAAGUGCAGAUUCAGAGAUAAAACAUUCUACACCGUCUCCUACCAAAUAUUCUCUAUCACCAAGUAAAAGUUACAAGUAUUCUCCAAAAACCCCACCUCGAUGGGCAGAAGAUCAAAAUUCUUUACUGAAGAUGAUCUGCCAGCAAGUAGAGGCCAUUAAGAAAGAAAUGCAAGAGUUGAAGCUAAAUAGCAACAACUCUGCGUCCCCUCAUCGCUGGCCUGCAGAGCACUAUGGACAAGACCCAGCUCCUGAUGGCUACCAGGGCUCACAGACUUUUCACGGGGCUCCCCUAACAGUUGCAACUACUGGCCCUUCAGUGUAUUAUAGUCAGUCACCAGCAUAUAAUUCCCAGUAUCUUCUCAGACCAGCAGCUAAUGUUACUCCCACAAAGGGACCAGUUUAUGGCAUGAAUAGGCUCCCACCCCAGCAGCAUAUUUAUGCCUAUUCACAACAGAUGCACACACCACCAGUGCAGAGUUCAUCUGCUUGUAUGUUCUCCCAGGAGAUGUAUGGUCCUCCCUUGCGGUUUGAGUCUCCUGCAACAGGAAUUCUGUCACCCAGGGGUGAUGAUUACUUUAAUUACAAUGUUCAACAGACAAGCACAAAUCCACCUUUGCCAGAACCAGGGUAUUUCACAAAGCCUCCACUUGUAGCUCAUGCUUCAAGGUCAGCAGAAUCAAAGGUUAUGGAAUUUGGAAAAACCAAUUUUGUUCAGCCCAUGCCGGGUGAAGUUAUAAGGCCACCUUUGACAACACCAGCACAUGCAACACAGCCAACUCCCUUUAAAUUUAACUCAAAUUUCAAAUCAAAUGAUGGUGACUUCACAUUUUCAUCACCACAGGUUGUGACACAGCCUCCUUCAGCACCUUAUAGUAAUAGUGAAAGUCUCUUGGGUCUUCUCACUUCAGAUAAACCUUUGCAAGGAGAUGGCUAUAGUGGACCCAAACCAGUGUCUGGUCAGACUGUCGGGUCUCGGAAUACAUUCAGUUUUGGAAGCAAAAAUGUGUCUGGAAUUACACUUACAGAAAACAUGGGCCCAAACCAGCAGAAGAGUUCUGGUUUUCGGCGAAGUGAUGAUAUGUUUACUUUUCAUGGUCCAGGAAAGUCUAUAUUUGCCACGCCUGCUUCAGAGCUGGCAAAUAAGAGUCAUGAAACAGAUGGAGGAAGUGCUCAUGGGGAUGAGGAUGAUGAUGGCCCUCACUUUGAGCCUGUGGUACCUCUCCCUGACAAGAUAGAAGUAAAAACUGGUGAGGAAGAUGAAGAAGAAUUCUUUUGCAAUCGUGCAAAGUUGUUCCGUUUUGACGGUGAAUCCAAAGAAUGGAAGGAACGUGGGAUAGGCAAUGUAAAGAUACUCAGGCAUAGAACAUCUGGUAAAAUUCGCCUUCUGAUGAGACGAGAGCAAGUAUUAAAGAUCUGUGCAAAUCAUUACAUUAGCCCAGAUAUGAAACUCACACCAAAUGCUGGCUCAGAUAGAUCUUUUGUAUGGCAUGCCCUUGAUUAUGCAGAUGAGUUGCCAAAACCAGAACAGCUUGCCAUUAGAUUCAAAACUCCGGAGGAAGCAGCACUAUUUAAGUGUAAAUUUGAAGAGGCCCAGAACAUUUUAAAAGCCUCAGGAACAAAUGUGUCUACUGCACCAAAUCAUACUCUCAGAAUUGUAAAAGAACCCACAACUCUUGAUAACAAGGAUAUUUGCAAAUCAGAUGGGGGAAAUCUGAAUUUUGAAUUCCAAAUUGUAAAGAAGGAAGGGUCUUGGUGGCAUUGUAGCAGCUGCUCAUUUAGGAAUGCUGCAGCUGCUAAGAAAUGUGUAUCAUGCCAAAAUGUAAACCCAGCCAGCAGUAAAGAGCUCCUAGGACCACCAUUCAUUAAUGAAAAUGGCUUUGCUCCUAAAACUGGCCCAGAAAAUGCUCAAGAUGGAUUUACGUUGAUGACUCCAAAUAAGGAAGGUCAUUGGGAUUGCAGUGUUUGUUUAGUAAGAAAUGAACCCACUGUAUCUAGGUGCAUUGCAUGUCAGAACACAAAGUCUGCUAACAAAAAUGGAUCUUCUUUUGUUCAAACUUCUUUCAAAUUUGGGCAGGGAAAUCUUCCUAAGUCUGUUGACAGUGAUUUCAGAUCAGUUUUUUCUAAAAAAGAAGGCCAGUGGGAUUGCGAUAUAUGCCUGGUCCGAAAUGAAGGAAGUUCUACAAAAUGUGUUGCCUGUCAGAACCCAGGAAAACAGGCUCUGUCUUCUGUUUCAUCACCUGCCUCUUUUAAGGCCAGUACUUCAGAUACCAGUAAAACUCCAAAGGGUGGCUUUGAGGACAUGUUUGCUAAGAAAGAAGGACAAUGGGAUUGUAGUUCAUGCUCAGUGAGAAAUGAAGCAAAUGCUAUAAAAUGUGUUGCUUGUCAGAAUCCCGUUAAACCGAGUCCAUCUAGCACCUCUUUCAAGUUUGGUACUCCAGAGAUGAGUAAGGCUCCCAGGAGUGGAUUUGAGGGUAUGUUCGCCAAGAAGGAAGGACAGUGGGAUUGCAGCCAGUGUUUAGUCCGAAAUGAAGCAAGUGCUACUCAGUGUAUUGCUUGUCAGAAUCCAAAUAAACAAAAUCAACCUACAACUGCUGCGCCGGCUUCUGCCUCUUCAGAGACAAGCAAAUCUCCAAAGAGUGGAUUUGAAGGAUUGUUUGCCAAAAAGGAAGGACAGUGGGAGUGUAAUGUUUGUUCUGUACAAAAUGAGAGCUCUUCUCUAAAAUGUGUGGCUUGUGUAGCCUCCAAGCCAACUCAGAAGUCUACUGUAGAAGCUCCUUCAGCUUUCACAGUGGGCUCAAAAUCACAGUUAAAUGAAUCUGCAGGAAGUCAAGUGGGAACAGAAUUUAAAAGUAACUUUCCAGAAAAAAAUUUUAAAUUUGGCAUUACAGAGCAGAAAUUUAAAUUUGGGCAUGUGGAUCAAGAAAAAACACCUUCCUUUGCCUUUCAGAGUUCUUCUAAUACAGAAUUUAAGUCCAUCAAGGACGGAUUUAGUUUUUCCAUUCCUGUAUCUGCUGAUGGUUUUAAAUUUGGCAUUCAGGAGCAGGGCAGUCAAGAGAAGAAGAGUGAAAAACCUGGUGGAAACGAUGAUGCUGGUGUGCACGCUCCCGACGCUGGUGUGCACGCUCCCGAUGCUGGUGCUCACAAGAGUGGUAGCGGCGGCGUGGUCUUUGGUCAGACAAGCAGUACUUUCACCUUUGCGGACCUUGCAAAGUCAACUUCAGGGGAAGGGUUCCAGUUUGGCAAGAAAGACCCUAAUUUCAAGGGAUUUUCAGGUGCAGGAGAAAAAUUAUUCUCAUCACAAAGUGGCAAAGUGGCUGAGAAAGCAAAUACGUCUUCUGACCUUGAGAAAGAUGAUGAUGCCUAUAAGACUGAGGACAGUGAUGACAUCCAUUUUGAGCCAGUGGUGCAGAUGCCUGAAAAAGUAGAGCUUGUAACAGGAGAAGAAGAUGAAAAAGUUUUGUAUUCACAGAGGGUGAAGUUGUUUAGAUUUGAUGCUGAGAUAAGUCAGUGGAAAGAAAGGGGCUUGGGGAACUUGAAAAUCCUCAAGAAUGAGGUCAAUGGUAAACUCAGAAUGCUGAUGCGGAGAGAACAAGUACUCAAAGUCUGUGCCAAUCAUUGGAUAACCACUACAAUGAACCUGAAGCCGCUCUCAGGAUCAGAUAGAGCGUGGAUGUGGCUAGCUAGUGACUUUUCAGAUGGUGAUGCCAAACUAGAGCAGCUGGCUGCAAAGUUUAAAACACCAGAGCUAGCUGAAGAAUUCAAGCAGAAAUUUGAGGAGUGUCAGCGACUUCUCUUAGACAUUCCACUUCAGACACCCCAUAAACUUGUAGAUACUGGCAGGGCUGCUAAGUUAAUACAGAGAGCUGAGGAGAUGAAGAGUGGACUGAAAGAUUUCAAAACGUUUUUGACAAACGAUCAAGUAAAGGUGACUGAUGAAGAGAACACAAGUUCAGGUGCGGAUGCUUCCAGUGCUUUAGACCCAACAGUGAAGCAGAAUCCUGAAAACACAGGGCCUACCUUAGAAUGGGAUAACUAUGACUUACGGGAAGAUGCCUUGGAUGACAGCGUCAGCAGCAGCUCAGUUCAUGCUUCUCCAUUGGCAAGCAGCCCUGUGCGGAAAAACCUCUUCCGCUUUGGUGAGUCAACUACAGGAUUUAACUUCAGUUUCAAAUCUGCUUUGAGUCCAUCUAAGUCUCCUGCCAAAUUGAACCAGAGUGGAACUUCAGUUGGCACUGAUGAAGAAUCUGAUGUUACUCAAGAAGAAGAGAGAGAUGGACAGUACUUUGAACCUGUUGUACCUUUACCUGAUCUAGUUGAAGUAUCCAGUGGUGAGGAAAAUGAACAAGUUGUUUUUAGUCACAGAGCAAAACUCUAUAGAUAUGAUAAAGAUGUUGGUCAGUGGAAAGAAAGAGGCAUUGGUGAUAUAAAGAUUUUACAGAAUUAUGAUAAUAAGCAAGUUCGCAUAGUGAUGAGAAGGGACCAAGUAUUAAAACUUUGUGCCAAUCACAGAAUAACUCCAGAUAUGACUUUGCAAAAUAUGAAAGGGACGGAAAGAGUGUGGGUAUGGACUGCAUGUGAUUUUGCAGAUGGAGAAAGAAAAAUAGAACUUUUAGCUGUUCGUUUUAAACUACAGGAUGUUGCAGAUUCAUUUAAGAAAAUUUUUGAUGAAGCAAAAACAGCUCAAGAAAAAGAUUCUUUGAUAACACCUCAUGUUCCUCAUCCAAGCACUCCUAGAGAGUCACCAUGUGGUAAAAUUGCUGUAGCUGUUUUAGAAGAAACCACAAGAGAAAGGACAGAUUUAACUCAGGGAGAGGAGGUAGUAGAUGCAACUUCCGAACCUGGAGAAACAUCUAGCACUUCUGAAACAACACCAAAAGCAGUGGUUUCUCCUCCAAAGUUUGUCUUCGGCUCAGAGUCUGUUAAAAGCAUUUUUAGUAGCGAAAAAUCAAAGCCAUUUGCAUUUGGCAACAGUUCAGCCACUGGAUCUUUGUUUGGAUUUAGUUUUAAUGCACCUUUGAAAAAUAGCAAUGAUGAAGUUACUUCAGCAGUUCAGAGUGGAUCUGAAGGAAAUGUAGAACCUGACAAGUGUGAGCCACAGACUGACAUCAGACAAUCUUCAGAUGGCAAAGUCAGAAAUGUUGCCUGUCCACAGGAGGAGUCUGCACCGAGUUACACAUUUAAAGCACCAGAAAAGGCACAAGAGAAGAAUAAACCUGAAGAUCUCACUCCAGAUACUGAUGUUCUCAUUGUGUAUGAACUCACUCCCACUCCUGAGCAGAAAGCUCUUGCAGACAAACUGCUGCUUCCUCCAACUUUCUUUUGUUAUAAGAAUAGGCCAGAUUAUGUUAGUGAAGAAGAGGAGGAUGAUGAAGAUUUUGAAAUGGCUGUCAAGAAGCUUAAUGGAAAACUCUAUCUGGAUGACUUAGAAAAAUACAGACCAUUGGAAGAAAAUCUAGCAGUGUUCAUUUAA